GCUACACAUAAAAUUGUUUGGGCAAGCAAUGCAUAAGGGAAGUCCUACUGGAUGACGCGUCGAAUUGGGUUAGCUGUCCUCUCUCAGGUCCGCACUUUUGCUUAUAAACGCACCGACGACUCAUCAGUUGUUACUACGUUAAAGCAAAAUGUCUGGUCGAGGAAAGGGAGGCAAAGGCUUGGGGAAAGGAGGCGCUAAACGCCACCGCAAAGUUCUCCGCGAUAACAUCCAGGGGAUUACCAAGCCCGCCAUCCGACGUCUGGCUCGUCGCGGCGGUGUGAAGCGUAUUUCUGGGCUGAUCUACGAAGAAACUCGUGGCGUGCUCAAGGUUUUUCUGGAGAAUGUCAUCCGUGACGCUGUUACCUACACCGAGCACGCCAAACGAAAGACGGUCACCGCCAUGGAUGUGGUGUAUGCUCUCAAGAGGCAGGGGCGUACUCUCUAUGGGUUCGGCGGUUAGACGUUGCGCUCAAAUCAACUAACCCAAAAGGUCCUUUUAAGGGCCACACACUUAUUUAAGAGCUCAACAUUCCCAACAAUUCAUGCGAAAAUAUUUCUGUCAUGUGAGAAUUUAUGAAUGAAUUCAUUUGACCUACUUGCACAAUAUGACGUACAUGAAGUUAUGAGGAAAGGGGGGGCGGGGAAAUUGUCGUCUCAGGUCCGCAUUUUUUAAUUGUGUAUAUAAUACAGUAAAAUAAACAUUAAUAUAUAUAUAUAAUACAUAUUAAACAAAUAUCUAAGUAAGCUUAACAAUUUGUAUAUUUGUUUGAUAUCCUGUGAGCAUGAGAAUUGACGGAAGUCAAACUCUUUCGAAAUGAUUUGGAUGGCCCUUAAAAGAGCCGUUUUGUUGCACACCAAAGCGGGGUGUUUUACUUGGAGCUGGUGUACUUGGUGACCGCCUUGGUGCCCUCGGACACGGCGUGCUUGGCCAACUCGCCGGGUAGCAGGAGUCUCACAGCGGUUUGGAUCUCUCUGGAUGAGAUGGUGGAACGUUUGUUGUAGAGAGCCAAACGAGAAGCCUCCGAAGCGAUGCGCUCGAAGAUGUCAUUGACGAACGAGUUCAUGAUGCUCAUUGCCUUGGAGGAGAUUCCGGUAUCAGGGUGCACUUGUUUCAGCACCUUGUACACGUAGAUGGCGUAGCUCUCCUUCCUUCCCUUCUUUCUUCUCUUGCCCGGCUUGCCGGGGGCCUUGGAGACGGCUUUUUUGGAGCCCUUCUUGGGCGCUGAUUUAACCGGAUCAGGCAUGUUAGAUUACACUGUGUUGAAGUCUCAGCUGAGGAGCUUGUGUUCUUAUGGAGGCCGUCAUGCAAAUUUAACUGUGCGAACGCCACUGUGCGAUUGGCUGGAAUCUGGACGGUUGCAUUUGACUCUUGUAUUACUAACACAACUGUGACAACACUCGUUCCUCAUUGGUGGACUGCCCCCUGCUCCUUUCUCAUUGGUGGGUGGACUGGAUCCCGGCUUGUUGCUCAUUGGGCGCUUAAUCAUUCGGCUAGGACGUCGCUCUUGCACUGUGUGCGUUUGCUUCUCUUUUUUACUUGUAUGAAAUGAGUCAAGUUCAUUCUGACAGAUGGGACGAUUGAACAGGACUGCACCGUGUGCAAUGGCUGGACAUUUUAUUUGAAAAGGACUGGAAUAACAACAUUUGUCCAUUGUGAAAUAUUGCGUUGUCUAAGGCAGUCGUGUAUCUUUGGAAUUAGGAGCGGCAUAACGACACAGAAUGGAGCUAUUUGAACAAAAGGCUGUUAUUAUUACAAGAGGCCAAUUAAAGUAAUUUUUCAAAUGAUAAUGUGCGGCUACACCUUAGGCAGCUAUGACUGUCAUGAGAUCAUUAUGUGACUCACCUCACUUCUUUAAACUGAUGCUAGCUUGGGCUCAUAAACAAUCUUAGCCAUACUAUUAUUUAUCCUAUCCCAGAUCUCAGCCAAUCAGGCGAUUGCUUGCUGGCCAAGCUUGUAAACACAAAGGAAGUCGGCCAUCUUUGUUCAAAGCAGUCAUUUUUAAGUAAUGUUAUCCAGAUUUAAAACCAAAUUAAUCAGCCCUCAAAACUUAGCAACAUGACAUUUGGUAAGUACACAAUUGCACAUGCAUUAUGGGGAAACAUGCUAUACCUUUAGCAUUUAGCCUACGUUUCACCAAAACAUUCAAACAAGUUUACCGAAUAUGUUUAUCAAUAAGUUUAUCGAGACAAAUUUGCAUUACAUUUGAACCACUUUGGCAUGUCCACAUUUCAGUUGGUCUGGAACGUAUCCAGCGUAAUUAAGAUCAUCUUUGUCAGCGUGGGAUGAAGGCCCCACCCUCAGAACAAUUCACAGACGUCCCCCUCAGGGCAGAAAUGCGUCAAUGUAAUAACGCCGCUGCUGCAACCCUAAAUUACCCUCCCAGGAAUGUGGCGUGACGGCGUCUUUUUCUGACGGAUGCGAUUAAGCAAAUCAUCAAUUACAUGGCAAUUUGCUAUUCAUUACUUCUAAAACUUGUCCCAACUUGAUCUUCUGUCUAUUGUCAAAAUAAAGUAAAAAAAAAAUCAAUCAGUUGCAUCAUGAGGAACGGAAAACGUUAAAAAAAGGUCUGGCGCCAGCGCUGCUGCACAAAAAGUGUGAUGAAAAGCUAACGUUGUCAUUAGUUUGUUCUGGGGCGUGCCCGACAUUCAGCAGGUAAUGGGAAUCGCCCCGUUCUUUUGGUUAAAUGCUGCAAUUAGAGUGAAAUUAGCAUGACCUUCAUCAUGUGAAGAAAGGAAGGUGGAGAAGAAAAAACAACAAAGCCAUUGUCACCAUUGAAUUGUAUUUUCUUGAGAAGCACACAGCCAAGUGCCUCCCAAGGAACUGCAAUAAAACUUUUGUCUCCAUAUUGGCCUUACGAGUCAAGCGGAAGAAUUAAAGGCGCACCCUUGACUGAGAAUUUAUCGAGGUGUGAUGAUGAUGGUAACAUGGACAUGUGAAAUCAAAACGCGGGCCGACGCCAUUCUUAACAUAGUCGAUGAUGUGAGAGCUUUUGUGCUCCGGAGCCGGCUAUUCCACAAAGUCAAAUUUGCUGUCACCUUGGCAUUCUGUGAGUGCAUAUGACCCUCGGGGUGGGCUGUACUGUGUUUGCAAAGUUGAACUUCUGAACACUCGUUUUUAAUUUUUCUGUGCGGCCUGGAAUAAAAUAAGAGGGUGUGCACACUUGUCCAACGACAUCAAUUUUUUGGCUCACUUGAGGUUACAUUAAUGCGAGGACGACAAAAACUAGGGGGACGAGCGACUGCUAGAACGAUGACAUCAUCGUUUCCAAUAUAACAUUUCUGGCAUGCCGAGCUGAAGAUGGAUAAGUUUCGUAUUUGGACUUUUCUCUGAAUCAAUGCCACCUUUGUUUUGCUGAGCAGUGGUUUGACUUAACAAAGACACGCUAGUCAUUUUGCUGAGACUUCGUGACCUCUACUUUUUUUUUUUUAAGAAAUGUUGACAGUCAAAUAAUUUGUACAAAAAUGUUUUUUGAAUGAAAAUGUGUAUUUGUGUGUUAUUUAGUAAGGUUAAUAAUAGCAGUGUAAUUGAUUAGUGUUCGGGGCGUGAAAAGAAUCUUGACCUUUGCAAAAUGUCCUCAAGAGCAACUGAAUGUUAUAUUUAUCCCGAGUCAAAGCACGCCUACGUAAUUAUCAUUCCAGCGGAAUGGCGCGUCUUUGCAAUUGAUCUGAUUAACGUUGGCCAAAUCUGCUUCCUGUUGAACCAGCCGGGCGGCAUGAGAUGAAAUUACGUCUCGACACGUAUGCCUGACGAUAGAUGAAUAUCAGCGAUAGAUAAAUAUCGGAAUGUUCAGGGACGGCGCAUAGUUUUCAAUUUGACUUGGUUUAUUUUUAGAUCACUUUUCAAACUUUACCCCAAGAAAAUGAUCAAAGUUGAUGAAUUUGUGAUGGAAAUAUUGACGAUAUCAACAUGAACAUUUCAUCAUUUUUGUUAUUUCUUUUGACUUUUUGCAUUACUUUUUAUUUAUUUGCUAUUGUCUAGAUUUUUUUUUCAUUUUCUAUUUUUGCCAGAAAUAUUGAUUAUAUAUAUCAACAUGAACAUUUAAUCAUUUUUAGUAUUUCUUUUGAUUUGGUGUUAAUUUUUAUUUAUUUACUAGUUUUGUUAUUUUCCUCUUUUUUUUCCCCCUUUUUAAUUUUCCAUUAUUUUUGAGUUUUUGAAUUUCCCAUCUUUAUUUUCUUUUUUAUCAAUCCAAUUUUUUUUUCUUUUCUUUUGUAUUGUACCAUUUUUUUAUUUUUCUGUCUGAUGUUUGUAGUUGACUUUUAUAUGAAUUAAUCAACUUAAUUUUGCUCUUUUUUUUUUAAAGCAACAAAUCUUUACAACAACAGGAUUGAUCCUGUGACAAACGACAUAAUAAAUCUUGAAAUAAAAUGUCCAACAAUCUAACCUCAGUUAAAAUGUUCCAUUUCCCGUUUACACGCAAACAACAAUCCGCGUGGUGUUCUGUUAUUCU